UAACCAGCUUCCUUCCCUUUUCUCAACUGGCAGAGAAAACACAUUAAAGAACUUUUUUUAGUCCAAAAGACACCGACAGCAACACGGUGAAGAUGUCUGAGAACAUUCCGGUAACACCCGAGGUGGAGGACGAUGACGAGGUGGAUUCCAAACUGAACUAUAAACCUCCACCCCAAAAAUCACUGCAGGAAAUCCAGGAGAUGGACAAGGAUGACGAGAGUCUAGAAAAGUACAAGAAAUCCCUUCUGGGGGAUGGGCCGGUCAUCGCAGAUCCAUCAAUUCCAAAUGUGAAGGUGAUCCGGCUCACGCUGGUCUGUAACACGGCCCCCGCACCAAUCACCAUGGACCUCACCCAGGACCUGGAGACGCUCAAGAAGACGACGUUUGUCUUAAAAGAAGGUUCAGAGUACCGAGUGAAAAUCCACUUUACGGUGUGCAGAGAGAUCGUGUCGGGACUAAAGUAUGUGCAACAAACCUUCAGGACCAGCGUGAAAGUUGCCAAAGCCACGUUUAUGGUGGGAAGCUACGGACCCCGAGUGGAAGAGUACGAGUUUCUGACCCCCUUAGAAGAAGCCCCCAAAGGAAUGUUAUCGCGAGGAACGUACCGCAACAAGUCCUUCUUCACCGACGAUGACAAUCACAACCAUCUAACUUGGGAGUGGAAUCUGUCCAUCCGUAAGGAGUGGGAUGACGCCUCCUAAAGUCCCUCAUUGGCCAGAAGUGUCCGCCGUGUCCAUUAUUCCCGCAGCUUCUGUCUGGACCCAUCUUCCUCCCCUUGUUUUGUAUUGCCCAACGUGCUUAAUUGCCUUCCAGCUCAGAGACACAUAAAGCUACUCAAACGUGGACCAAUUUGAUCGAUUUUUUUUGCUUGCUCGUUUUUGACCAAAUGGAUGAAUGUGUUUUUGUCCCUCCUAUAGUAAUACUUCAUAUUCCAAUCGCACACUUUCCUGGAUAAGCUCUCAAAGUUUGGGUGCUGCAGCAACAACCAGCUGGAUACUGGUUCAGGUCAAAAAACAGAUAUUUGCCAGCACACCGUGGAUCGACAAAAAGUAGUAUUAUUGCAUGAUCACAACAUAAGAGUGCAACGUUUCGGAGUCCUUGCAUACCUGACGAGGGGUCCUGCGUGACUCCAAAAUGUUGCACUCUUCUUAGGCAACAAAUUUCAUGAUCACGACAUAAGAGUGCAACGUUUCGGCGUUACGCAGGACGCCUUUGUCAGGUAUCCAAGGUCAUCACAUGCCUGACAAAGGGGUCCUGCGUGAUUCCGAAACGUUGCACUCUUCUAAUGUUGUGAUCAUGCAAUAAAUUGCCUAUUUGGAUGCUACUUUUUGUCAAUCUAUGGUGUGCUGGCAAAUAUCUAUUUUUUGUCCCUCUACAGAUGAUCCCUUGCCCAA